UGUCAGCAUUUCAAUUACGAACAUAAAAUAUUAAUUAAAUGAAGCACAAAGAUUGUUACAAGUCAAGCUUAUUAUGCAAAACGAUUCAUGCAGAACGACGACCUACUAAUUCUGAAUAUUCCAAGUAGUGCUGAAAAAUUAAAAUUUUUGUGGUUUAAUUUUGCUUAUUUAUAAAUCUCAAAGUAUAUUUCUGCAAAAUAUGAUAAAUAGUGAAAUAAACAGCCGCACGAAUAGUGAUAAAUGUAAUGAUAUCAAUGAACCUGCCGAUUUUGAAAAGGCUCUUAAUGCAGCCGGUUUUGGGCUCUGCAAUCUCUUGCUGUUAUUGGCUGCGAUUCCAGCAAAAUUGGCCAUUGUCUUUUCCACCACAACUAUGGCUUACAUCUUGCCCAUAGCAGAGUGUGAUCUUAAAUUGUCACUUUUCAAUAAAGGAGUGUUAAAUGCAGUGACCUUUGCUGGUAUGAUAUCAUCGGCCAUUGUCUGGGGUUAUUUGGCUGACACACAAGGAAGGAAGAAGAUUUUGGCUUGGGGUUUAUUGGCCGAUGCUUUGUGUGUCUUUUGCAGCUCACUAAGUCAGAAUUUCGCCAUGUUGGUGACGUUUAAAUUCUUUGGAGGCUUGAUAGUGACUGGACCAAGUGCUGUGUUGAUCACCUAUUUGACAGAAUUGCAUGGAAAUGUUCACAGGCCCAGAGUACUAAUGGUUUUGGGUUUAAUCACUUCGUUUGGUACUUUGCUUUUACCGGUAAUGGCAUGGUUGAUUUUGCCUCAGGAUUGGGAGUUUGAGGUGCAAAGUUUGAAUGUACACACUUGGCAAAUAUUUUUAUUUUAUUGCGCCUUGCCUAGUCUACUGAGCGGUCUGAUAUUGGUGUUUUUGCCUGAAAGCCCUAAAUUUCUUAUGUCUCAAGGACGAAAUCAAGAAGCUUUAAAAUCGUUUCAAUUUAUAUAUGCUUUAAACAACAGGAAGCCAAAAUCAUUUUAUCCGAUCCACAGUUUAGUUGAAGAAGUUCCAAAUCGCGAAGUACCUACAAUUGUCCCCAAAUCUGCUGAUAAUGGAAAACAGGACUCCAUUGUAACAUGCCAACACGGUACACUCAGGCAGAGUUUCCACGACGGCUGGCAACAAACCAAACCAAUGUUUCGCAAACCACUUCUCACAAGAGCGCUUCAUGUGUACCUUAUGCAAUUUUCCAUUUUAUUGGGUUACAAUACCAUACGUUUGUGGUUACCUCAAUUAUUUGCUUCAAUCGCCGAGUUUGAACAUGAAUACGCCAACUCGACCAAUCAAUCAUCAAAUCUAUGUGCCAUUUUGGACUACAGUGUCAAUAAAACAGCAACAAUUGUGGCCAAUUAUGAUGGUGAAUGCACAGCUAACAAAAACAUUUCUGUUGAUAUGUAUAUGAACAAUAUCAUUGUAUCCAUUGCUGGCAUUGUGGGAUAUUGUUUUGCUGGUUUCAUAAUUCGUGCUGUGGGUAGCAAACUUUUGUUAACUAGUGGACUUUUCAUCUCAGGAUGCUUAGGCUUUGGUCUUUAUUGGUCAAGCAGUGGCCUUAAUACUUUGAUCAUAUCCUCUAUGUUCAUUACAUUGUGUGGUGUGUCAACAUCUUCACUCUUGGGAAUGGUUGUGGGAUUAUUUCCUACUACCCUAAGAACCAUGACUGUAUCAUUGGUGAUGAUGUUUGGACGCCUUGGUGCUUUAUCGGGUAAUUUAAUGUUUCCACUUUUGUUGGAAAUCGGUUGUAUACCUCCAUUUGCCAUGGUGGGUACGGUGCUGAUAUUUGCAGGGUUAUUGUCUCUCGUGUUACCCAAGAAGACAACAUUCACAUAAAAGCCAAAUACUAUUUAGUAGAAGGACUGGAUGAGUU